CCUCGUCCCCCUCGGCCUCAGUAAACAACGAGACGAUAAACGUGUUGGAUGUCAACAAAGGAUUCCUCGACUCGCUUUGUGUAGGAUCGCAGGAUGGCGGAGAAGAAAAGCGACUCGUCCGCGACGACUUCGGCGGCCAAGGCGAUUUCCAAGGAGCUUUUAUCAGUCACGGGCGAUGGAAGUUCCAGGUCUGUGGUUGAGACAUUAUUAAAAAAACAACCUCCAGUACCAAAAGGAGAUGGACCAAAGACAUUUAAGGUUGCACGAAGUCCACUGCUAGAUGAACUUCAGUCAUUUUUGCCUGCAAUACAAAAGUCAAAUCAGCAGCUUUUGGACCAGACUAGUGAAGAAAUAGAUGCUCUUGAUAUAGAAAACAUUGAUGAGGAUGAUAAGAUUAUUGAGAUGAAUGUUAUCCUUGGGGAAAUGAGCACAGGCGAUGAUGAAUCUUCAGAUUCGGAAUUAGAUGAUUCGGAAGAUAUUCCUGUGAUGGGACCCGUAACAGAAGAAAACUUGAGGAUACCGUCUGAAGCAAGAGGUGGGAGAAGGCAAGGGACAAACCUUAUAACAGAAGUAACAGGAACUACUGUUGAAUCUGAAGAUGAAAGAUCGGAUGGGGAAUUGACUGUAGCUUCAUCAACUCUGCAGAAAGAUGAAAUUAAGAAAAAAAAAAAACGAAAAAAAGCUUCAUGUCAAAAUAUAUUUUUAUGUUUAUUGUAAAUCUGGUUUCUUUGGUCCUAUUAAAAUUUUUGGCUUGCAAA